UCCCCUUUUUCCCUCACAUCACACCAAACCAAAUCAAUUCCACACAAUGGCCUCCAAUCUCUCUCUUUCCCUCUUCUUCCUCCUCACUUUGGCUUAUGGAGCUCUGGCCGCCGUCCCAAGGAAGCCCAUGGACGUGCCAUUCGGCCGUAACUACGCCCCCACUUGGGCUUUUGACCACAUCAAGUACAAAAAUGGUGGCGCCGAGGUCGACCUUGUUCUCGACAAGUACACCGGCACUGGCUUCCAGUCCAAAGGGUCUUACUUAUUUGGCCAUUUCAGUAUGAGUAUGAAGCUCGUCGGAGGCGACUCUGCCGGAGUCGUCACUGCUUUCUAUCUCUCUUCACAGAACUCCGAACACGAUGAAAUCGACUUCGAGUUUUUGGGGAACAGAUCCGGGCAACCCCCUAUUCUUCAAACAAACGUUUUCACCGGCGGUAAAGGUGACCGUGAGCAGAGGAUUUACCUCUGGUUUGAUCCCUCCAAGGAUUUCCACACCUACUCCGUCCUCUGGAACUUAUACAUGAUAGUGUUUUUCGUGGACGAUGUGCCGAUAAGAGUGUUCAAGAACUGUAAAGACAUAGGUGUGAAGUUCCCAUUCGACCAGCCAAUGAAGAUAUACUCGAGCCUGUGGAACGCAGACGACUGGGCUACAAGAGGAGGAUUAGAGAAGACAGACUGGUCAAAGGCCCCAUUCAUCGCAUCAUACAAGGGAUUCCACGUGGACGGUUGUGAGUCAUCGGUCCAAGCCAAAUUCUGCGCCACGCAAGGCCGACGCUGGUGGGACCAAAAGGAGUUCCAAGACCUCGAUGGCUUGCAAUACCGAAAGCUAAACUGGGUUCGCCAAAAAUACACCAUUUACAAUUACUGUACCGAUAGGAAGCGCUACCCAACCCUCCCUCCAGAAUGCAAGCGCGACAGAGAUAUUUGAUUCUCCCUUUUCUUUUAUUUUCAAGCACCCCCCUCAUUUUACUACUAUUUCCUGGCCGACCCAAACUGCUAAAUUAUCUUUUUAUUUCCGCCUCUAUUUUGUCCUUAUUUGCCUCUCCCCUUUCUUCUUCCUCUUCACUGUUUGCCAUCGCCUCGUGCUUUCCCCCCCC